GAAUGACAACGAACAACUCAUCGCUCUGCGAAUUUUAAAUGGCGUUUUGAAACUGCAGGGUGAUUCUGAACUGGUCGAUUAUUUUCUGGAAACUUUAGUAGAAAGCUUUUAUGACCAUCCAAAUAUUGAAUGCCGCAAAUCCUUUUACGCAAUCUUGAUUCAGUUAUACAAUAAUAUUCCCGAAGAAUCAUCAAAGGAUAAGAAAGUUAAGCAAAAACUUAAAUCCGGUUUAUUACGAGGAUUAGCAGAUGUAAACGAAAGUAUCCAGCAGACAUUGACAGAAUUCUGGCAUGGGCACCAAGAAUUAUCACGCGAUACUUUCACGCGAUUAAAAGUUCUUGUCGGAAGUCUAUACAGUCCUGAGAUUGAAACCCUCUUUUUACACUACGCGUGCUUUUUGUUGCUUGAGGGGUCAAAGAAAAGUGUCGACUAUAGCAAGCCUAUAUUUGAUCAACCAUUGCCGAAUUCUAAAUUUGGUGGAUAUGAUGAUAUCGAUACCUCGUGGAGGAUCAAUAGCACUAUGACUCCUCUUUUCGUGAACACACAGCAAAAUAAUACUAGA